CUCGCUCGCCUCACUUCCUCUCCAUCAACCCAAAUUUCCACUCACCGUCACACCACCAUUGCCGCGCACAACAGCAGCAGCAGCUGAUCAAGAACACCACUAAGCUCGCUCAAGAUGGACCAGUACGGCGUGAGCUUCUACGGCGCCGGUGGCGACGACGUCGGCCAGUUCAGCGGCGAGUACGCGACGGUGACGUCGGCCCCGCCGAAGCGGCCGGCGGGGCGGACCAAGUUCCGGGAGACGCGGCACCCGGUGUACAAGGGCGUGCGGCGGCGCGGGCCGGCCGGCCGCUGGGUCUGCGAGGUGCGGGAGCCCAACAAGAAGUCCCGCAUCUGGCUCGGCACCUUCGCCUCCCCCGAGGCCGCGGCCCGCGCCCACGACGUCGCCGCGCUGGCGCUGCGCGGCCGCGCGGCCUGCCUCAACUUCGCCGACUCCGCGGACCUGCUGACCGUCGACCCGGCCACGCUCCGCACGCCCGAGGACAUCCGCGCCGCCGCCAUCGCGCUCGCCGAGGCCGCGUGCCCCGCCGCGCCGGCGUCUUCCGCGUCGUCGAUGGCCGAGGCGUCCGCGCCGGCACCGGUGAUGACGCACCAGGGGAUGGGGAUGGGGAUGCAGGAGGCGGCCGCGGCGAUGGCGCAGUACAACGACUACACGAUGUACGGCAACAUGGGGGACUUGGACCAGCAUUCCUACUACUACGAGUACGACGGGAUGGGCGGCGCGGGCGCGGGCGGCGAAUGGCAGAGCAGCUCGCAUAUGGACGGAGUCGACGACGACGGCAGCGGCUACGGCGCCGGCGAGGUCACGCUGUGGAGCUACUGAUCGAUCGAGAGCGGCAUUGAGUACGUCAGUGUAGGAUAACGAAGAAGCAGAAACAGAGCUGGUCGGUUUUGAGGCUUGAUUAGUUUGGAGCGCGGGAAGAGAGAUAUUUUCUGUAGUAGCCGUAAAGCAGAGGACACGCAUGCAAAAUGCAUCGCCUUGUCUUUCUUUCUUUUAAAUUUAUUUUUACUUUUAUAGUAGGUAUAUUUUUUUCAUUUGCCAGAAAAUUUUGUAACAUGUGGUGAAAUUGAGGAAUAAGAGACCAGCUCCUUUUUAACUGCA